AAAACGCGAUUCACAUCGCUUCAAUUUAAAUGGCACAUUUGCCAUUAAUCUCGUUCCAAAUUCCAUGUUAGCAGUGCGUAUAUCAAAAAAUUCGCGUGUCCUUAAAUAAAAAAAAAUGUCCGUGGGCACUGACAAGGACAAGGUGAAGGAGUUCUAUUCAAAUGAUAUUGUGUACAAAUUCGACAAAAAUAAACGAAUCACGUUUGGGGUUGUGAUUGAUAGUUACGAGGCCUCCUCCGAUGUGGACGAAUACCAUUCCCUGCAAAAAGGCCAAAUCAGACUGCUGUGGAGCAACCACUCGCUGGAGCAGGUUUGGAGCCAAAGUAAGGUUCGGCUUAUCAACCGUGGCAUCCUCCCAGGGGACGUUGUGAGGCGUUUAGUCAAAGGCAAAGAGACCCAGAGGGGCUACUGCAAAGAAACGAAGCAAACUGCCACCUUGCAAAUCGUGGGAACAGACAAAGUGAUUGAACAUGUCUGCAGCGACAGAUUACAAAGUAUUCGCCCCUUUGAAACUGAAGAUGCGGUUUGUUUGGACAAUAAAUUUGGCAGAAUAGAUACUAUUGAGCAAAUUGUGACGAUGCAAUCAAAAUGUGGGUCCAUGGUGGAAGUUUUAACAAGUAUAAAUCAUGAUUUAGAUGAUUAUUGGUUGUCUAAAAGAAAUAGGAUUUCCUUUGAUACCUAUUACCCUGGACAAGAAGUAAUAUGUGUUCCCGCCAAUUUCGAACAACCUCAUUGGAUCAAAAAAUCAAAAUCAAUGAAAAGAAAUAUGCAAUCAAGACAGAGAUUUACCAUACAGAGUGUUUCAGAAUAUGUAAUGGAGGUUGCUUGGUAUGGGAAUUCAGCGGUCAACAUGGCCGAGCUGAGUACGGAGGAGAUAAAAAAACUGAAAGUUUUGGAACACCCCAGCGACACCUGUCUGGAGUUGAACGACCGAAAGCUGCUCAAACUUUCCUCCAGCGACGUUUUGCUCAAGAAAAAAGAUUGGACGAAAAAGUUAUCGCUCACCUACAGGCCGGAGGUGCCGAAAGUCAGGCACAUCGUCAACUGUAACACCAAAAUGCAAGACAAAAUGGCGGCCAAAAUGCCGAGAAUUCGUCUUUAUUCUUGCGUGGAAACGGGCGAACCCGAAGAGGACUGGUGGACGGAGGAGGGCGAAGUUUCCGACGACAAUUGCAGCACGUCGUCCAGAAGCCCCUCCAGCAAACAAAACCGUCGCCACUAUCCGCCAAAGCCCAGGGAAUUGGUGCCUGGAGCGACACUGCCCGUCGAGGUUAUUUGCGUUGAAUCCAAAGUGACAGUCUUAUGGCAGGACGGUACCGAGGAAAAAGACAUCCCCUCCACUCAGUUGUACUAUUCGAUUUCGCUGGACGAUCACGAAUUUUUCCCCGGCGAAGUGGUCGUUCCCGACAACGGGAAAGAGGACAAGGAAGAAAAGGAUUCGGAAAAAUACGGAGUCGUCCAACGCGUCAACUAUCUCGAAAGAACUGCCACGAUAAAAUGGUUCACUUACUCGGAAGCCUUAAAGAAACCCAUCCAGAAAUCAAUGACCGAAAUGAGCGUGUACGAUUUGAAGAAACACAGCAAAUUCGUCUUCAGACCUGGCAUCGUUGUAAAAUCCAAGCCCACCGAAAGCGAGAAAAUUGGUACAGUUAUUGAUAGUUGCAUUGAAGGUCACGUGAAAGUGCAGUGGCUGGACAAAUCGACGGGAAACUGCUGGCCGCAGGAGAUCGAGCAGAUUCCCGACUCGGUCGACUACGAGUACUCCGAUUCGGAAACGAGCGACGAGGAACGCAUGGGCGGCGAAUCGUGGGAGACGGAGAGCAUCGAAAGCUACGCCGGCGACGUCACGGACGAGACCGCCCUGCAAAACAUGGCGGCGCGCUUGGACUUCGUUCGCAGCCGCAUCGUGUACCUCAGGGAGGCCUUCAAGCAGCACACCAUCACCGAAAAUUUCACGUUCCUCAAAGAUUUACUAUUAGUUUACGACAACUCUAGUUACCUGGACAAACUGCUGGGCACCUCUUUUUUUAGCUUAAAAAGCCGCCAUUUUCAGACUCUUUUGAUGCAAGCCAAAGAAAAAGCAAAGACGCUGGGCGUCGAGCUGCGGGGACGCAUCUUCUCCAGCGACGCCACAUCUUGCCCGCCAAUCAAUCGAAGCCAUUUUAAGGUUGCGGAAAAGGAGAACAUAUCCAAAAUGAUCAAGCUGGAGAACAAAAUACAGGCCGAGAUCGAAAAGAAGGAAUCUCCCAAAGAAACGCCAACUGUAACCAUCGCGGCAAUAGUCGAAAACAGCGACGAAAUAACGCAAGAGAACCUGUGCGUCGAGCUGCUGUCCAUGCUGAAGAUGCGCAUGGACCUCGCCUACGCGGAAAUAAUAUCGCGCAUAGGCGGCACGCAGGCGCUCACCGUCCUCACCAAGGCCUCGGAGAACGCGUGCGUGCCGACGCCGCUGCCGAGCGUGCCGUCGACGCCCGACGACGCGACCUCCGCCUGCCCGCUCAAGAAGGUCUCCUCGAAGGAUUCCGACGUGCAGAUCGACGUCGAGGCCGACUUCUGGAUGGUGGACGAGGCGCCGGCGCACCACCACUACUUCGCCAACAAGACCGAGCCCACCGACAGGCAGCAGUUCAUGAAGGCCAUCAACAAGGAGUUCAGGCUGUUGAAGGAGUCUCUGCCGCCGGGCGUGUGGAUCCGGACUUUCGCGAACCGCACCGAUCUGCUGUCGGUGAUGAUCCGAGGUCCCGCCAAAACUCCCUACGAAGACGGACUGUUCCUGUUCGACAUGCAACUGAGCAACGACUACCCCAGAUCGCCGCCUCUGGUGCACUACAUCAGCUUCAGUUCCGAACGGCUGAAUCCCAACUUGUAUGUGGAAGGUAAAGUUUGCGUGUCCCUUUUGGGCACCUGGAUGGGUCGUGGAACGGAAGUUUGGGGCCCGAACAGUACCUUGCUGCAGCUCAUAGUGUCGAUUCAGGGACUGAUUUUGGUGUCCGAACCGUACUACAACGAGGCGGGCUACGAAAAACAAACCGACACCCAGCAGGGCUACGAAAACUCGCGCACGUACAACGAACUCGUUAUUCUGAAGUUGGUGCAGUCCAUGACGGAAAUGCUGCAGAAUCCUCCUCAAACGUUCAAAGAAGAAGUGCUGAACCACUUCUCCGUUAGCGGCAAAAACCUCUGUGAUCGGCUGGGUCGGUUCUGCAGCGACGAGGACCCCCUGGCCCCCGAUUUCCCCCUCCUCCCCGUCAGCAAAGGCCUGAAGUUGUCGCUGAAUUCGGCCCUAAAAGCGUUCGAAGAAAACCUGAACAAGAUGCUAAAAAUUGAUGUUUAAUUUAAGGUUGAUUUGUUUCUUGUAUCGUGUCCCCCAAUAAAAAGUAUUCUUGUAGAUUUUCGUUGGACUCUGUUGGAUAUUUUGGAAUGUUUUGUGUUUAAUUAUAGGACAUGAAGGUAUGAAAAAUAUUUACUUAAUAUAACAACACUAAACGUGGUACAAUUUAAUUAAAUGCUACUAUAUUUUCUCGAUUAUUUCGUUUAGUUUUGUUAUAUUUUUUUCAUUCCUUAUUUUUGUGAUUUUUCUGUGAUGAAAAGUGUUCUUGAUAUUACAAUUAUUAUAUUUAUAAAUAGUUAUUUAAUUUAAUUAAAUUUACUUACUUUUCUCUUAUAUUUAUUAAACUUCUUAAAUAACAAAUAGCAAUAAUGUUUAUAGCAAUUUUUAUGUUGUGUUUUGUCUUUUGGUUAUAAAAUGUUUUUUUCAAAACGUUGCCUAAUAUUUAAGCACAAAUAACAAUCUCACAUUGUUACUCUUAUUCACUCCAAUUAGCGUUAGAAUAGGAUUUUUUAGAAUUUCUUAAAUAAACAUUGUUACUGUUA